GGCAGCAGCGGAGUCAUGCAGGCCAACGGGAACCAAAACGCCGAAGCCCCCUCCUGCGCUUCAGCCCACAAUGGGGACUCGACGGCGGUCCGGGAUUUGAGCCAGGCCGAGCCGCCGGCCUCCAACGCCGCGGCCUCCGCCCAGAACCCGCUGGCCGCCCCGGCCUCUCAUUCCAAUGGGCUGCCCUCUUCUUCCUCCUCCGCCGCCGCCGCCUCCACGGGCGCCGGCCCCGAUCAGAGCGGCCUGAAGAAGAAGAAGCGGCUGUCCCAGAGCGACGAGGACGUGAUCCGCCUGAUCGGGCAACACUUGCACGGCCUGGGGCUGAACCAAACGGUGGAUCUUUUGAUGCAGGAGUCAGGCUGUCGCCUGGAGCAUUCAUCUGCAACCAAAUUCCGCAAUCACGUGAUGGAAGGAGAAUGGGAAAAGGCUGAAAACGAUCUUAAUGAAUUGAAGUCUUUGGUGCAUUCACCUCACGCGAUUGUGAAAAUGAAGUUCUUGCUGCUGCAACAGAAAUACUUGGAAUAUCUGGAAGACGGGAAAGUUCUGGAAGCUCUCCAGGUCCUGCGCUGUGAGCUGACGCCUCUGAAAUUCAACACAGAGCGAAUACAUAUCCUGAGUGGGUAUCUCAUGUGUAGCAAUACAGACGACCUACGAGUGAAAGCAGAAUGGGAAGGAAAAGGAACUGUUUCACGCUCAAAGUUACUUGACAAGCUUCAGACCUACCUCCCACCGUCAGUGAUGUUGCCUCCUCGGCGUUUACAGACGCUACUACGUCAAGCAGUGGAGCUCCAACGGGAUCGGUGUCUGUAUCACAAUACUAAACUGGACAAUAAUUUGGACUCGGUAUCUCUGCUCAUAGACCAUGUUUGCAGCAGGAAACAGUUCCCUUGCUACACACAGCAGAUUCUCACUGAACAUUGCAACGAGGUUUGGUUCUGCAAGUUCUCCAACGAUGGCACAAAAUUAGCAACCGGGUCCAAGGAUACCACCGUCAUUAUAUGGCAAAUUGAUCCAGAUACUCACCAGCUUAGAUUGCUUAAAACGCUGGAGGGCCAUGCUUAUGGGGUUUCAUACCUGGCCUGGAGUCCUGAUGACAACUAUCUUUUAGCAUGUGGUCCAGAUGACUGCUCUGAGCUGUGGCUCUGGAAUGUGCAGACUGGAGAGCUAAGAACCAAGAUGAGCCAGUCCCAUGAGGAUAGCCUAACAAGUGUAGCAUGGAACCCAGAUGGCAAACGUUUUGUGACUGGAGGACAACGUGGUCAAUUUUACCAGUGUGAUUUGGAGGGCAAUCUGCUUGACUCCUGGGAAGGUGUGAGAGUGCAGUGCUUGUGGUGCCUAAAUGAUGGGAAGACUGUUCUCGCUUCGGAUACACACCAGAGGAUACGAGGCUACAACUUCGAGGACCUCACCGAUAGAAAUAUAGUGCAAGAAGAUCAUCCUAUAAUGUCCUUUACAGUUUCGAAGAAUGGAAGGCUAGCUUUGUUAAAUGUAGCAACUCAGGGAGUUCAUUUAUGGGACUUGCAGGACCGUGUUUUGGUGCGGAAGUAUCAAGGUGUCACUCAAGGAUUUUACACCAUUCAUUCAUGUUUUGGAGGCAAUAACGAAGACUUUAUAGCCAGUGGUAGUGAAGAUCACAAGGUUUAUAUUUGGCACAAGCGGAGUGAGCUGCCGAUAGCAGAGUUAACAGGACACACUCGUACUGUAAACUGUGUGAGCUGGAACCCUCAAAUCCCGUCCAUGAUGGCUAGCGCUUCCGAUGAUGGUACUGUCCGGAUAUGGGGACCAGCGCCUUUUGUAGACAGCCAGGAGUCUGAAGAAGCUUGCAGCAGCAUGGAUAGUUGACGGUGACUUACCAGAAAACUGCUUCAAAAUGAAAAUAGUCACCGAACAAACAACGUGAUCGUUGGCACAAACCAACUGUGGUCGAUCACUGGACAGAGAUGGUUGUUGUGAAGGUUUCAUUCCCGGUGCCUCUAAACUGGUACCAGCAUCCUACCAUCUUGCUACAUAGUUACAAGUCCAGAAGCAACAAUGUCUUUAGGCCUCAGUUGGAUGCCAUUUUGAAUUCUGCCCAUUGGUCGUGAGGAACUUUGUUCCACUGAGACUUCAUCGAACUCGAGAGUUUUCCCUGCCUUCUGUGGCUUGGGUCUGGCAGUCUUUCCGUUCUAUACCCUGGAGUUUUAAGUGCUUGUUUGGAGUCUAACACAUUUAGAUGGCUUUGCUAGGGUGAGAAAUGCUUUAGUCUGGAGCUCACAUGCAGUAAAUGGAUUAUUUUCUUUUCUUUUAAAUCUGUUAGCCUGAAUUAGUGGAAAAAAAACUACAGCUCAGUUCAUGGACUUCACUUCAGGGCCUGCUGCCCUGAGGACUUUGUUUUGUGUUUUUGGAAGAGAGAGAGAAAGUAGUUCAUGUUUAACAUUUCAUUCUUUUUCAGCUUAAUCAUUUUAAUCUUAUUUACUGGCACUUGUUCUGUCAUCAUGGUCUUCGUUUGUUUUAUGGUAAUUCAUUUCAUUAUUCUGAAUCGUAUCCUGGCAGUGAAACUUCAAAAAAAAAUUCAACUUCAAUGGGAAACGCCACAUAACUAGCAUUAAGAAACUUGAAAACAAUCUGGACACUGUAAGCGACUACAACACUGCUAGGGAAAGUGCUCAUAUCCCUUUGCUAAGACCUGUGAUGUGAAGUUUCAGUCUUUAGAAAGCCUGUUCCAAGCUAAAUGCCGUGCCAGUGUGCUGAUCUAUGUCAGGAUUUCCAUCCCCUUAGACCCCACCCACCCAAUUUGACAUGUUAAUUCACUUUGGUUGAGGACGGUGCUAACUGGAGGCCUGUUGUUUUUCUCUCCCAUGGUCAAAGGUUUGGGAGAGGAUAUGUGAACAUGCUAGGUUCCUGGAUUCCAGGUUAGCAAAAUAAAGGAAGCAGAUGACUCACUGCCUGCCCUUGUAUCUGCAGAAUGCUCCUCAGAAAUUGGUGGGGAGUGGGGGGUAGGAUGAGAGAGAGAGAGAGAGAAAAUAUAAAUGUUUAAUAAAGAAACCUAUAAUGGGCCUCGACUAGUGCAAUAGAUUAUGUCUGCUAUGUUUGCCCUUUUCUAUUUUGCUCCUCAGUUAAACACUUGCAAGGUAUUCAUUUGCAGUGAGACUCUUACAGAUUUCUUGGUUACUGAAUGGGCCAAUCUAUUCACAUUCUUCCUGCAAUAGAUCUGUCUCUCUCACUGCCCCCCCCCACCCCACCCCCCCACACACACACACAAAACGUAUACAGUCACACACAAUCUCUUCUACACAUGUAUCUUUCAUUUGCCUCAUUCCCAAAUGUACACAAACACUUUACAUACACGCGCACCUUUUCUUUUCUUUCUCCCCCCCCCCCCCCCCCCCGCAUAUGCGAGUGCACAUGGACAUGCACACAAUUUUUCGUUACCGAUGCAGUGGGAAUGAGGGAGCGUGGAAAGCUGAUGUGCACGGGUCUAAGGGGCAGGAGAAAGGGUGCAGCAGUGUUGUUGAUAUCUUAUUCAGUGACAUGACUAGUAUUUGACCUGUACGGAUAAACCCAGAAAAACAGCCUGCUACCGGAUUGAUCAAUUAGCUAACCGAUCAAUCAAAACAUUUUGUACUUCAGCAAUUUUAUUGUACAUUCUUUAGAGUCCACAGUUUAUUUUUUAUGUAAAAUGCAAUUAGGAUUAAGACUGAUUAAAUUUUCCUCCA